CACGCCCGGCUCCUGCUCCCACUCACUCAGACUGUUCGGUAUACCCUUCCUGCAAUCCACCACCAUCUCCUCGCACUCCUUUCAUUUCCUCGCUGCUAUAGGCCUCCAAUAAACAACAUGACAGACACUCCGAAAAGCGAUGUCGUCGGAGAGGCCGUACCUGCAGCGCAGAAGAGCAGCUGGGCAACCUUCCUCAAGUCCAUCGCAUCCGUUUCAGGCGAUCUUUCGUCACUGACGGCGCCGCCAUUCAUUCUCUCGGGCAUCUCACUCACUGAGUUUCCUGCAUACUGGUGUGAACGGCCAGAGUUAUUCUCCUCCAUUGCCGACGCUACGGAUGAGGAAUCACGGUCUAUCGCAGUAUUGAAAUGGUUUAUUUCUACUCUCAAGAGCCAAUAUACUUCUCGCAACGAGAAACUCGGCUCAGAGAAGAAACCACUGAACCCUGUCCUCGGAGAAUUGUUCUACGGAUACUGGCCAGACAUCGGCGGCCGUGGACAGACGAAUCUUGUUGUGGAGCAAGUCUCGCACCACCCUCCCAUUACGGCCUUCUACAUCGAGAACCCGUCGAAGGGGAUCUUCCUGCAGGGCCACAAUGCACAGAAGACAAGCUUCAGCGGUGGUAGCAUCAUCGUCAAGCAGAUUGGACACGCGAUCCUUACUGUCAACUUACCCGACGGUGGGAAGGAGGAGUUCCUCGUCACGCUACCUCGCCUACGGAUUGACGGCCUGUGGUACGGCUCGCCAUACAUCGAAUUGAGUGAGACGAGCUACAUUCAGAGCUCCACCGGCUGGCUCUCCACCAUCGAAUACAAGGGCAAGGGCUACUUCUCUGGCAAGUCGCACUCGUUCAAGGCGUCGCUCUCGCCGCCGGGCACGCUGCAGGCGAAGCAUACGUUCGAGGGGACGUGGCACCAGACGAGCAAGGACGUGCGGACGGGCGCGACAUUCACGGACGUGACGAACCCGAAGGAGGAGGUCACCACCCGGGAAAUCGAGGAGCAGGACGAGUGGGAAAGCAGGCGGCUCUGGCGCUAUGUCGCGAAGGGUAUCCGGGAAGGAGACUUCGACACGGCGAGCCGGGAGAAGAGCAAGAUCGAGAACGAGCAAAGGCAGAGACGGAAAGACGAGGCUACUGCUGGGACCAAAUGGGAGCUCAAGCACUUCGACUAUAUCGACUCUGACCCGAUCUACGAGCGUUUGGGCAAGCUAUUCAAGGCAAACCCACCAACGGAGGAUGCAUACGUCUACAAACACAACUACGUUCCUGGAGAGUAAUGGACCUGUGCGCUCAUUGGCAGGACUCAGUUGUGUCGUUGGCGUGAGCAUGGCUGGAUGGCUUGUAUAUAGUAGAUGUGUACUUCUCUUAAUGCAUUAUCUUGUCGAUGUC